AGGGGGCGAGAGUCCAGCAUGGCCGUCCGAGAGAACUCCAGCCCGAGCUGCCUCUACGACGCCGUGGUGGUGGGAGCCGGGAUCCAGGGUUCCUUCACCGCUUAUCACCUGGCCAAACGGGGACAGAAGACCCUCCUGCUGGAGCAGUUCCCUCUGCCCCACACGCGGGGGAGUUCCCACGGGCAGAGCCGCAUCAUCCGCAGUGCCUACCCCCAGGACUACUAUGUGGCCAUGAUGAAAAGGGCUUAUCAGCUGUGGGCAGAGCUGGAGGCUGAGGCUGGUACCCCACUCCAAAGACCAACCCCGAUGCUGGUUCUGGGGCGGCAGCAGAACCCCGAGUUCCAGAGCUACUGGCAGACCAUGCAGCGCCUUGACAUCCCCCACGAAACUUUCACUCCACAAGCCCUGGCGCAAAAGUACCCGGAGAUCCGUCCUCACGGCGGGGAGAUGGCUGUGGCAGACCUGACGGCAGGGGUCCUGUACCCCGACAAAGCACUGAAAGCUGUCCAGGAGCAGUUCCGACGCAGUGGAGGAACCGUGCGGGAUGGUGAAAAGGUGCUCGCCAUCCUUCCUGGGAGUGCGGUCACGAUAACAACCAACCGUGGGGAGUACCGGGCGAAACGCCUUGUGGUCACGGCAGGGCCAUGGAGCAGCCGCCUCCUGGAUCCACUGGGAGUGCAGCUGCCUCUCCAGCCCCUGCGCAUCCAUGUCUACUACUGGCGAGCAAAAGAUUCUGGCACUCGCAGCCAUGUGGAACACCUACCUUGUUUUCUGGGCAUCAACCUCAACCAGGACGCGCACCACAUCUACGGGUUGCCAACGGAUGAAUACCCAGGCCUUGUCAAGAUCUGCUAUCACCAUGGGAGCCCUGUGGAACCCGAUCGACCCGAUCAACUGGACCGGGCCUCCACCGUGCCUGACCUCCAGAUCCUCCAAGGUUUUGUGAGGAACUAUCUGCCGGGGCUCGAUCCUGAACCUGCCGUACAGGAGCACUGCUUGUAUACAAACACUCCUGAUGAGGACUUCAUCUUGGAUCGGCACCCACGGUUUAACAACAUCGUCAUUGGGGCAGGAUUCUCAGGCCACGGGUUCAAAUUUGCCCCAGUCGUCGGAGAGAUCCUUUGCCAGCUGAGCCUGGGGGAGGAGCCCCCUUACAAUCUGGCGCAUUUCCGGAUAAGCCGCUUCCCGGCCUCCCCCAAAGCCGCCCUGUGAAGGCCACCGUCUUCAGUGAGACGAAGACCAAGAGCACU